AUGACGACACAUCAAGCUUUGUGUCUUAUCGUCGGAGAAGUCAAAGGUGAAUUAUAUUAAUAUUACUUAAAGAAAGUCAUAUUUUUUGCAUACAUUUUUAUUUCUAAUAAACACAGCUUACAGAUAUCUAAUGCAACGGUUAAGAGGUGUUCAGGAUGGUAACAAUGAAAGAGCGUGAGGAUAGCGCUCAACCCAGAAAUAAGACAAACUUAAGGGCAUUGAAGAUUCAGAAUGGAUUCCAUAUGUCUUUAAUUUUACUCAGUACGUUCUUAACAAAUCGUGCUUUUGCAAAGCUGUACGUCUGGCUCAUGCAAAAACUUAGCAUUUGUGCUUUUUGAUACCGUUUAUCGGAGUGCGCAUGCUUGUAAUUUAAUGUUGAAAAUCUGGAAAUAUGGGUAAAGACAGCCUUUUAUCCCGGAGAAAAGGCUUGGAUACCAAGGCUACCCCAUUUCCGUAAGCCAGAAACGGAGUCCCUUACCAGUUUUUAGUUAUUAGCUCCUUUAACGCUUACACUUGUAUUUUUAACUUUUGCGGUUAACGCUAAUUUCUAAGUUGUUGACCCUCUACGGCUAACUGUUAACUCCAUUGACACCCCCUCUCCAUCAUUGUAUGACAGGUUGCCUACCGGCGAUCAAAGAAAGACUAUUUCCAUCUCACAGAAAUCGAGCACAUAUUGUCGAGGAUAUUUUUGAAGCCCUAUGCGCAAGCAUUUAUCAUGAAGUAAGAUGGAAGGAGGCAGUCCUUAAAACCGAGGACAGAUCACGUGACACCGGAGAGAAGGACAUCUACAUUGAACAAUGCUACGUCUGUGGUAUCCUUGGAUACCAUAAGUUCCUUUCACUUGAUAGACUAUCAACGUUUCUGCGAUGGCAGCUGCCACUCGGUUGUUAUGGUGAGAAUGCAAGUGACCAAGGUGAUAUGCUCGAAGAUUCUCAUCAAGGACUGGUUGAUAAUAUUCAUAGCAGUGUUCUCUCCGCAGGCAGAUCACGGCGGCAAACAAACCGCGAUUUACCGGGUAAUUUUUAAAUUAAAAGCCUCUAGCGACAAACCAUGACUAAUCUACUCAAUCAAGCAUGAAAAUUAUCUUUUAGCUAUUGACCGCUAUUGUAGAGUGUAUAGCGAACGAACUAAUCGGCAAGGGUAAGCAUCAGCGAAAGAUCAACCACCGCCCGGUUAGCUAAGUUGUAUGAACGGGAGCGGGAGGCGAGUGGUUCAAACCCCGGCUGAACCAACACUCAGGGUCUUUAAAAUAAGUGAGGAAUAAGUGCUCUCUUUGUAAUAACAUCUGCAAACGGUUAGACUUUCUAGUCUUCACAGAAUAACACGAGAAACCGUAGGUCCUGUCUCACAAGCCUGGCACAUGUAACAAUUCUGUGGGACAUUAAAGGAACCCACACACUAAUCGUAAAGAGUAGUGGUUGUAGUUCCCGGCGUAGUGGUCUAUCUUGAUUUCACACUCACAUAGGGGGCUCCACGUGGGGAGGGCGGUACUCCGGAUUUCAAGUGACGGGGAUGAUCGAAGGGUUUUGGGGGCUUUAAAAUUUUUGAUUCCGGGGAUUUGUUUGGGUAAGAAAAUUUGGCAAGUAUUUGUUCGGGUAUAUAAAACAAUAUGAAGAUUUGUGAUAACUUCAUAUGGUAUGAUGCUGAAUAAACAAACACAACAUUUGAUUUCUAAUGUUUCUAUUUUUCAUAUUAGUUCAUUUAGUGCUUUUUGAAAACUUUUAUGGCUAGGAAAUUUGGCAUGGGAUUGUUUUGGGGUUAAUUUGUGGCGCGGGGAUUUUUGGGGGUUUUGGUUUUUGCCCCAUUCGAUCAUCCCCGUCACUUGAAACCCGGAGCAUCCCCCCACCCUUGGGUAGGGGGCAUCAUUACUCAUCCCUUCAUUACUUGUAAACUGCACUGUAACCAAUCUAGAAAAGUCCCCCAACCAGUGUUGUAGAUUAUUCCUGAAACGCCCUGAGGAGAGUGGAAAAUAACAUAACUUAUUAUGGGGGAUUUAAAACACAUGAAGAGGAUGUAUGUUGAUGAGCAAUUAAUUACAAACGAGACGCGUACACCCAUGCAAGCCAAUGCGAGGGGCAGAAAAGUAAUAGAUUUAGACCGCGUUUACACGGACACAUUUUUGAACGGGACAAAUUGUUUACCUGUGCAAUCCGUUAACAAUGGACCGUGAAAUAACAAGAGUCAAACGAAAUGCAAAUAUGAAAGUGUAUUAAAUGGGUCUUAAAUGUCCAGGAAAUUAACAUAUCUUCAUACACUGGCACAAGCUUUUUUGUUGCUCCUAAAUUAUUGUAACUAAAAUGAACAAAUGAAGCGAUCCCUUAUUAUAACAUAGAAGUUUUAGCAUGCCUCUUCAAUUAAUGUUAUUGCAUGUUUUAAUUCACGGGAAACGACAAAAGAUGAGUCGAGUAAAAGCUGAAAAACAGCUAAAAACCUUUCUAUUCUUCAUAGUUUUAACAUUUGACAAAACCACUUCACUACCCACGCAUGUAAAAGACCAAUUUGUAUAAUGUUUAAAAUUUACACUCGACUCUGAGGCUUGGUGGGAUAAAAGGCCUGAGUCAGGCCUGAGUCAGGCUAUUUAAUUUUUUUAACUCCCCCAAGCACUGAGGCCAAAUAUGAAUCCUAUUAAAUCGAAAUUACUCCUAUUGAUUAUUUGAAAAACGCUAGAGUAAAAGUUAAAGAAAAGAUAAUUUAAAGGGAACAUUGUCGAAACUUGAAAAAAAGAAAACUAAUAUAAUUUACAGUGCCCGCAUACCGUAAAAUUCCGAAAAUAAGCCCCGGGGCUUAUAUUUUUCAAAGGCCCUUUUUGAGGGGCUUAUUUUUGAAGGGGCUCAUAUUCGGAGGGGCUUAUCUAUGAAGGGAAAUUUGCGUUUCAAAACCGAUUGGGCUAGCCUUAUAGUUGGAAGUGAAUUUACCGUUUUUGCUUUGUUUUACUUUGUAUUUGAGGGCAAUUUUCCAAGUACAAGCCCCCGGGGGGCUUAUAUUUGGAGGGGCUAUUUAACGGAGGGCUUUUUGCGUUACCGGUUUGGGGGGAUUAUAUUUGGAGGGGCUUGUACAUGGAGGGGCUUAUUUUCGGAAUUUUACGGUAUAUCAGUGAAAAGUGUCCUUUUUCUACUGUCUCGUGUUUCGUUAUCAGCCCGCUGUUUGACAUUUCAACGUCAUUUUUUUAAACUGAUAUUUGAAAUAAUGGAUUAUGUUGAAGCCGUGGCGAUCGAUAAGACUUCCACUUCUCUUAAAAGACCUAAAUUUAAACCCAUAUUUUCAAAAGGUUUAUUCCGUUAAGAAUUCCUUGCUGCGCUAGGAAGAAACGAUAUUUUUAAUAACUUACCUCCCUGUGAAAACGUCAGGCAAAAAUAUUCUUUGUUAACAAUACGAGCAAUUUUUUUGCCCCUCAAUCAUUUGCGUCAAAGUGAGCUAAUGACGGAUGUCUUAAUUAUAACAUAGCGGUGGUAUAAACACCUGAUAUUUAAUGAACCGGCAUGUAUGUUUUUAAAUGCUCAGAAAGUGUAUUUACCAUUCUUUCUUUAAUUAAUCUUAGUCUUUUUUUUCUGAUAUUUUCACGUGAGCACUGCGGAGCCACAAAAGGACAUAAUUUUACUUCUAAACUAUUUCUCAGUUCUAUGUUCCCCAUCGCAACUUCUUUGUGAAUUCGGUUAGUCGUUUUGAAAGAACGAAAUGAUAAAUUAAAAAGGAGAACGCCACUCCUUUGCCAUCUUAAGUCAUUAACUUCAAACUCGCAACAGCCUUUCAAUGAACCUGCUGAAAAAAGCAGAUCGCAGAAGAAUAUAUCCUUAGGAUAUCCUCUUCGUUUGUUUGUUUGUAGUUUAAUUAAAUUUGUUUAGGUUUUUUAAUAUAGCAACAAAAAUCGUAUCGUUCAAUUUUCAAAGAGGACCUCCCAGUGAAUUUACAGCUGAAAAACAAAGCGAGCUAACUUGAUAAACAGAAUAGUUACCUUUUACAGCUUGCCUUACUUCUAUGGCCCCUGUCAUAGCGUGUCUGGCGCUUAAAUUACCUUCGCUCUCCUGAGAAACGUAAAAAAAAUAACCCGUGUUAUGCAGGCUAGGGAGAUCUCAAACCCUUUUAUCAUUUUUUUGGACCAGCUUCCAGAAAAAUCAGCGUGAGUAGAGUUGAAAGAAUAUCCCUUCCAAGAUCUUGAUAACCCCUCUCUCUGAUUGGCCGCUUGGCAAUCGGUCAAAUCAAGUGGCCGAUGCAGUAAGGGGAGGGGGGGGAUCGGACUCAAAAAAAAUUUUUUUGGCCCUUUGGGCCUCAUUUUAGUCUAAAAAUAAGGGGGGGCAGGCCCCCCAGGCCCCUCCCCUGGAUCCGCCACUGAAAUCUAACCGGGGACGCGGAAACGCAUAAAACAAGAAAACAAAGAUGUGAUAUUUGUUUGAAAGCCGUCAGUUUUGAACAGCUGUUACCCAGAAGGUAAGUUCUCAUAAUCUCCUCAUGAAACUGAGACAAUGCACUUUUACACGGCAAAGGUUCACUUUAGUUUCCAUCUUUUCCCCAUUCAAUUUUGAUUAUUAGUGGUUAGAAUUUCCAGCUCCGUAAACCGACAACUGAGUUAGCUAAUAACGUUCUUUAGUAGAUCCAAAUCGCCGUCUUGGACUUAAGUCGAAUUUAGUCAUGUGUCAGUCCUUAUUUCAACUCUCCAAUUUCAGUCAUUUCAAUUCAUAUUAGCUAUGGAGAAACACUUUUCUUAUAUCGCGUUGUUUUUAGAGGAAGAAAUCAGCUGGCAUAUUUAUUAAGUAUGUACUGUAUUGUCUUUUGAAUGAGGGGUGUGGUUUUGUUUCUCAAGCGGCUAAUUAGAAACUACAGUCAGUUAGUGCUCCUACCUUUGAGUGAAGUUUGACUAGAGGGUCUUAAUGGCGUUUAACGUCAGCCGUCAAAAAAGCCGCUUAUUUUUUACCGUCAACCGUCAAAAAGUCAGAGUAAUAUUAACCGUCAAAACGUUUCAGGGUAUUUCAAAUCUCACUAUUUCGACGAAAUUUUGGCUCCUGAAGAAUCUCUACACUUGAAAAACCACGGGCCAUGUUGUCAAAAACACACACACUCUCUCUUUCUCUCUCUCUGAACAUUACAAGACCUUACAACUUAAAAUAUUUGCAAAUUGUAUUUGUGAAUUCGAAAGACCAAGGGUACCUCCAAAACACAACAGUUAAAUAUUAAUUUAUUGGUUAAUAUUUACUUAAGCUCUUGAACUAAAUUUUCUGUAGAUAACCGUCAACGGUCAAAAUCCCCUCAAAGAUACCAUCAUGCACAUUUAGUAAGACCCUCCACUAUUCUUGCUUUGAUUACUUCCAUGACCGGUGCGUGGAUAAAAAUUUUCACGAAAUAAUUCUAGAAUUUAUCUAACUGAGUCUACAUUGGAUCUCUAUCUUUUCCUUUCAAAAUGAAACCUUUCGUUCUUUAAUUUUUUUUCUUUUCUCGACAAGGCGGCAACGACCUGCUAAAGGACACAAAAGUAUGGGGGUCACACGCAAGCCAAAAAAUCGGUAAUCCACGAAUUUAAGCUAAUGCGAAAAAAAUAAAUGAGCUUUAUCACUAUUGCUUAAGUUUCUUUUAAAAAGACGUGUUUCAACAGUUAUCCUGUUUAUUAUUUUUUUUCUUACGAAGGAUUUCUGAUCAACUGAUCAUUUCCAUUGACUUCUUCUUCCUGUUUCUGGCGUCGCCUCUUCGCCUCUGGCGCUUCUGGCGGGAACAAUUCAAGCAAGGGUGGACUGGAACGGGUGAUAAUUUAUUCGACGCGGCGACCGACGCGGCUCGAUGCAUUAUAUCAGUUUUUCUUGUUCUUCAAUGGGUUUUCAAUAGACCGUUUACUGAUCAACAGAUAUUACAAAAUUCCUUCUAUUGUGUUAAAAGUGCAACGGACUUCGAGGGUGUUUAGCUUCACUGAUCAAAGAAAAAUAUGCUCCUUAAACGGCCAUCAGCUUUAGCACUUUGGCUCAGCUUCGUUGUGCUUUUGAGGCCAACGCUUUGCGACGAUCACCCCGAUCAAGAGAAUGAGGUUUUGACACAACAAGUGUUUUCGGCUUUGAAUAGAGCCAUCGACUUCUACCGGAGAGACUUCAAAAGCAUUAACUUGGAUGGUAUUUUUGGACUGAGAGUCGCUCAAGGUAAGAGAUAUCUUCUAGAAUAAUAGUGUCGUCUUCCGAGCUGAAACAGGAUAUCACUUGUUAAGUCUUGUUAUGAUACCAAUGUAUUACUGUAUCUUCAUCAUAUCAUUCUGUUUGUACGACUAAUCUAACAGAGUUGAUCGUUGAUUUUUCACACUGUUUGCUUUUGAGACAACGAAGCAGUUUAAUUAUAUCGUCAUUUAUUUGAGAACGUUUGGAGGUUUCAAAGCUUAAGCGCUAUUUUUAUCGAAGUUUGGGAACGGUGAUCAUGAAUCGAUGACUUAUCGUCUCUCUAUCCCAUUAGAUUUAUCUUACGUUUUUCAUGUAAUCUCAUUAAUAAUUUCUUAGGUUAUCACGAGGAAAUUUAGCUAGAUUUCGACCUAUUUAAACGAUUGUUUUCCGAUAGUUCGUGCGUGAACAUUGGGGCUUGAGUUAAGUUCAAAAUUAUCAAUUAUCUUUACAUAAUAUUUUUUUAGGAUGAUGAAGUUCCUAACUUGAAGAUAGACUCAAGUUUCUUGUACCAUCUGAUUUCACUUUGCUUAUAAAUUAAGUUACAGAUUCUUAUUUUUCGUAUAUAAAUUGUGACCAUUUUUGCCCUUCCCUUUCUCUUCCUCAAGUAUAACACUUUGAUUUUUGCUGAAGCCCUCUGUAAUUUAAUAUAUCCGCUGGGAAUAAGCUGGUUGUUUUUUUUACUAUGGCAGCCAUAAUAAAGUCCUUGAAAAAAAUACUAUAUUAAUUAUAAAUAAAAUCUCAUUUGUGGAAAACCUGUAUAUUAUAGAGGUAAAGAUUAAAUUCAGGUUAGAAUUUUUAACCUAGGUUGAUUCUCAAUUUCCUUUUUUUUCUAGCCCUAACUCAUCAAUAAUUAGGGUCAGGAGAAAAAAGAAAUUGAGAUUCAACCUGGGUUAAAAAAUUUCAACCUGAAUUUAAUUUUGACCUGUAGCAUUUACAUUAGGAAAGCUUAAGAGGAACAUGUAGCAAAGGUUUAAACUUGUGUGAUUCCUGUGUUUCGAUAAAUUUUGUAAAACCUAUGAGUGUUGAGGAGGCAGAAAAUGUUCCAGUGGAAGUGGGAAAAUUGUCAGCUGCCAGCUCAUCAGUUAAAACAGUUCCUGACACAUCAGAUUCCAGUUUUCAUUUACUUGAGAGCCUGAUCAGUUCUUGCUCUUGAUAUAAUUUUUACAAGAGAAAGUGGUAGAUGUACAAAUGUAGUUCAAUGCCGUUAAACAGAAUUAAAGCUCCAAUGUCAUUUUUGUCUUCAAAUUUUAGAAUUUUUUUAUAUAAUAAUUUUAUCAUUAUUCCUGUUUAGAUUUCAAAAAUCAGAUGAAGGUAUACCUGUAUAAAUGUAAAGUAAAUAAUAUUUUUUUAUUAGUAGUAGUUAUGCAGGGUUCCCCAGAAGAUGUAGAGUAGAGAGGGUAAAAAUAAAUUAGGUGGCAACAGAUUAGAUCAAAAGGAGCAGAUGGACUUUCAUGCAGCUUUUAAACUGCAUCUGGGUUUACUAAUUUGGAUGGGUUUUCCCUAUACCUCUGGUUUGUUUUUGAGUGUGUUUUGGGCAACCAGUUAACCCUUUAAGCCCCAGUAUCCACAUACAAAUUCUCCAAACUGAUCUCCAUACAUCUCCUUAAAGAGUUAGUUGAGAGAAUUUGAUGAUCGAUCAAGGCAUUUUCUCUUGGGUGAUCAUUAUUUUUAUUAAUUCUCAUAACUUAUCUCUUAACAGUGUAUGGAUAUUGUUAGGAGAAAAUUGAUCUUGGUCACUAUUGGGACUUAAAGGAAGGGUUAAAGAAUUUUAGCUAUGGUGGUGGCACUUUUAUUUUACCUGUUUUUUUUUAUGUGCUUUAUUUUUUAUCUACGUUUAAUUUGUUUACAUUAAAAGAGUGUUGAAAAACCAAAUUUAUGUGCCGCUGAUUUAUUCCUCUUAUUAAUAAUUUAUUUUUGUGUCAGUAGUUCACACUUCUAUGGCAACUAUAUGGUGAUUUUUGCCGACUGCCAGAGCUUCUGGAUAACACUAGAGUUGUAGCUGAUUAAAAAACAACAGAGCACAUUGUAUUGUGUCAAUUAUUGCCUGUCAGACUUUUAAAAAUGCUUCAGUGUAUUGUGAACUUUCGUUUAGCUGAUCAAAUACAGCUUUCACUCUGGUUCUGACAUGUUGUUUAUUCUUUGGUCUUAUCUCUCAUUUUUGUCAAUCAGCAAUACCAUUUAAUUCACCUCUGUGAAAGCAAAGAAAAAGUUCUUUUAUGAUUAAAUGGAAAUAGUUUGUUGCAGGUUAGACAACAUUUUUUUCUGAUUUUACUAUCGCUUGGAGAUGUUGUUUGUAUUUUGUAGCCUUUUCAUGCCCAAACUUUGGAUGCUGAUACUUUGCAUCUGGUACAGUCUUCAAGGCUGCAAAGUGCUUGCGCUGUAAAUGGCAUUUUGGGCAGUUUUAGCAAGACAGCCAGUGACCAGAAAAUGGCUUGACUACAUAUUCAGUUAUUAGUUUAGAAUUUUAAGUACAAUUAUCUUAGUUCUUAAAAUUUUAAACUGAAUAAAGAUGUCUUUUGAAGUUAGUUAGUAGUUAGUAAAUGCAGUAAAAUAGUCAGGGUCGGCCAGGGUUUUUGGGUAUACGGUAUACACGGGCUUUUUAAAUCGGGUAUACGGUAUAUUGCAGCUUAAAUACGGGUAUUCGGGAUAUCACUGUCUUUGAAUUUCAGGUAUAAAGUAUACCUACCUUUCAUGCUUUGAUUAUUUUUGGUAUAUUUGGAUGAAUUUUGGGUAUUUUGGCGAAUUUUUUCGGGUAUACUGGUAUACCACUACCCCCCUGGCUGACCCUGAAUAGUUAUAAGCAGAUGCACAUUUUUUGUUAUAGUAUAUAUUAUUAAUUAUAGGAUGACCUUUAUCGUAUUGUAACAUUGUCAUUAGGUUUGAACAACAUGUUCUACAUUGUAUGUAGCACAUAAUAGAUGAAGUCUCAUCAAUACUAUUUUUCCUUGCCUUUGCUUUUCAGGAGCUUUCCUUUCAAUUAUCAAUGAUGCAAGAGACAAGCAACUCUAUUUAGAUGAUCAUGUGGUGGAUCAAGUAAAAACACUCUAUAAUAAAGCAGCUCUUGUUGCUCAAAAUGCUUUGCCAUAUCUUCAGCGCUCUGAACCUGAAUACUUUAGCAAAUUUAGAAAACAAGUUUCGUAUCCUUGGAUAAACUUUAAGCCAUUCACAAAUAAAAAGCUUGUGAAGCGACAAUUUAGUCGCCAAGGCAGAAGGAACCUAAUCAGCUUUGAUGAGAGCACAAGUGAUCGCUGUAUUAGUGAACUGACCGGUACUGGAUCUAAAGGCAGCCAGCCUUGUCAAAUAUCAGAUUCAUGUUGGCGGUUGAUAAGUGCUGAGGGGGCAGCAGAAUACACUUUGACUCAUCAAGCUUUGUAUCUCCUGGUUGGUGAAAUACAAGGUUGGUGCUUACAACUCUAUUGUUGUAAUUGUGCUUGUAAAAAGCCUCAAAUAUUUGUUUAUUCUGUGUAAGUUGGGUUAUUACCAUAACACGGAGCAGAUUGUUUGGGACACGUACAUGUAUUUAGUCAUUUUAGAUUGAUUGCAAGUUGUGCAUCAGGGUGUAUGUUAUAAACUUGAGCAUAUUUAUUGACCAAUUUGCAUCACUUACAAUGCCUCUUGGUUAUGUGUCUACCAUUGUUUUUCAACAUACAUAUAGUUGUUCGAACGCCGGUUAGCACUAACCCAGGGUUAAAUUUUAACCCGAAUUUCUUUUUCUUUUUAUCGAAAGCACUUAAUUCUUGGAUGAUUUUCUCUAUUUUUUCUUAGCAUAUCCAAUCAUCAAAUAUUAUUGUAGGCAAAGAGAAUUCAACUGAAUUGGCUUUUUAAGCUCUCUUAUCUGAGUUCAAAAUUCACACUAACCCUGGGUUAUCUUAACCCAGCUUCGAACAACCUGGCCCAGAACUUUAUUGGGCUUUGCCACAGGUGGCUCAUUAAUAAGAGCAAUCUUUCAAACCCGGAUGAAUGACAAUUUUUACAUGAUUCAUAUGAUAUUAUAAAAUAACUGAGAUAGUAUGCGUGAUCUGAUUGGUCAAAAACCUAUGGUUUAUUAUACCGGUAAACCCAUAGAAAAAGGUAUCCAGACCACGAGCCAUAAACAAAACUGGCUAUUGAUCUGCAAACAAUGAUUUUAGAAAGGCUAAAAAAAAGAACAAGUUACUUACCCAGCCCUUCUUAAUAUCAAAAGCGUUGGUUUCCAUAUUUUAUUACUGCCAUAGCUUUAGAUGUAAUAAAGUACAAAGCUGGAAAGCAGUUUACAUUUAACGACGAUGCCAAAUCGCAGAGAAAGACAACAACUGUGUGAAUUUCUGGUGUAGAAAGUCUCCAGGAAAACUUAACCAUGUGCCAACCAGCAACAAAACGGAUAGUUUUAGGAUUCUUGAUUUAUUUUAUGUCAAAAUGAAAUUCCUUAAUGAAAGAAAUUGUUCCAAAAAGAGAUCUCUGAUCAAGAUAUUUGAAGAUAUGGUACAAAAUCGGUUGCUGUAGGUUGUAAACAAGCUGCCAACGAUGCAUGAAAGAUGUCAGAGUUUCGGCUGGUUUUUUCAAACAUUUGCAAAAAUUAUUCGGUGAUAUCGAUGCCAUAACCUAUCUCAAACCACCUGACUAUGCAAAUCGACAAAUAUUAACGCCAAUAUGUGGCCACGGCAAAGAAACCUUUCUCCACCACUGACAUAUUUCCAUCGGUUGCUGUACGUGCAUGUAAAGUUACAUGCGACAACUUCGCAAAUGCAGCCACGUCGUUACCGCAGCAUUUCUUAAUCAUAAUAAAGUCCAGAAAACAGAUCUUAAACCACUGCGCCUUGUAAAAUGUGAAUGACAUCCUCCAUUACAAUAGCUGCCAGUUCCGUCUGUAAGCACAAAAUUCUUACGGAUCGACUCAACAAAAUACAGCUGCAUACAGUCUGAUGUUCAAUUAAUUUCUACUUCUGUAGUAAACAAACCAUGAACGUAUUCUUUCAUUGUACGUUCGCAUGAAUAAAUGUUGACUUUUCCUGUAAAACAGCUUUCAUAAGUUAUCAUGUAAUGAGUGCAAAAACUCGUGUUUUGAAGUGCUGCUGUUUGUUGUUUGACUGAACUGAGUUUUGAGAAAGUUCAGCGCUAAUUAAAUCGUGAGUCAUGAUUGGCUUAUGAUGACUUUAGAGAGAAGACAUGACUAACGGUACAUGAUCACGGUACUGAAACCAUUUUUUUACCUAAGAGACGCCAUUCUACUAAAAGUUAUUUUAUAAAAGCAAUAGACAGGGCUUCUGAUAUUUCGCGGAAAAAAAAGCAAAAUUUCGCGGGAUUUUCAGGGGCAAAUUCACGGAAAAAUCGGCUGAUUUCGCGGGAAAAAAGUCAAAAUUCGCGGAACGAUCGGCCGAUUUCAGGCGAUUUUCGCGGGAGAAAAGUCAAAAUUCGCAGAAAAAUCGGCCCAUUUCGCGGGAUUUUAGCAGAAAAGAGUCAAUUUUCGAAGGAAUUUUCACGGGCAAAUAAUUUCCUAAGAAUUUCUUAGGAAAAUCGGCCGAUUUCACGAGAAAUUUCGGGGGAAAACUUCGCCAAGAAACAAUCAGUAAAAAACAGCCGAUUUCGCUGGUUUUUUUUUGGCAAAUUUCGUUAAAAUCGAUCAAUUUUGCGUCGAUAUGACCAGCGUUGGUAAACGUUUUUUUCAACACGGAUAAUCAUUUUGCUCUUUCAACAACAGUUCGCUCGAGAAAUGAGCGCAUGUUAAAGCUGUCAACAUUAUGGUUAUUGCCCACUGUUUUUCGCAACGUUUAUCUAAAAACACCGGUAGUUUUGGGACGUUGUUUACUUGUUGCAGUGAUGAAGUUUCAAGCUAAAUUUGGACGUUUGGGGUUAAUAAAACCGGUCUAAUAGCCAAGAUAAGUAUUAAAUAUGUUUUGCCGACAUGUAUUUGGAAAUAUUUCUGGCGGAUUUCGCGUUUUUACCUGAAUUUCGCGGGUCCGCAACCGCGCGAAAUAUCAGAAGCCCUGAAUAGACCACACUUUCAAUGGGUUUACUGGCAUGAUAACCCACUUGGAAUAUUGGGAGAACACUCGAAAAGCUUGUAAAUCACGAGCCGAAGGCGAGUGAUUUACAAGCUUUUCUCGUGUUCUCCCAACAUCCCGCGUGGGUUAUCACGCCGGUAAACCCAUAGAAAGUGUGGUCUAUUGCUUAAGUAUUUUUUUGAGUUGUCACUUUAUAAGGAUGCAAAAUUUAAUCAUUGUACAUGUAGAUAUGAUUUAUUAAUGGGCCAUAAGUUUUUUACAAAGACGUGCAAGACCUUUUGUUAUCGAUACUUGUUUGCAGGCUGUACUCCAAUCUUGCUAAAACGCUUAGAACAAUCUCAUGUCAAGGGAGGACUUGAAGAAUUUUACAAUCGCAUCUGCUCAGACAUGUAUCCUCAGAUGACAGCUGUAGAAGAAAAGAGAACAUUGGACAGGUAUGCUUACAAAAGAGAUUUAUACAUGGAGCAGGCGAUGGUAUGUGGAUCAAUUGGUUAUCGAGAUUUCUUGUCAUCCAAGCGUUUAAGACACAUUCUUACGUGGCAAAGAAAAGAUGGCUGUUUUGGCACGAAAAAACAAACUUCUCAAAGUGAUAGCAACGAUGAAGAGACUGGUGUAAGUAAUGCACAAAGUGACCUGAAACAGGACAAUGAUGAGGAAAGCAUGGUUGAAGAGCACAACUCUCCAUUUGGGGACUUUAGAAAAAGCCUUGGUUAUGAACAUAGCUCAAAAAUUCUUAGGUAAGUUGUUUAUUUAGUGAGGGACAGCCCUGGGGGGGGCGGGGUGGGGGUUUCUUACUUGAAUUUACUAUGUGGGUGUGCUGCUCAAGUAGAAAAAACAAACUUCUCAAAGUGAUAGCAAUGAAAUAAUGCUCGAAGUGACCUGUAAUGGGGCAAUGAUGAGGAAAGCAUGAAAGAAGAGUAGAACUCUCCAACUGGCGACUUUAAAGAAAAAGCCUUGAAUACGAAAUAGCUAAAAAAUUAUGGGUAAGUGGAAGAUUUAAUGAGGGGCAGCCACAGGGUUGGGAGCCUGUGGCUACUCCCUUAAAUUUACCAUUAGGGUGUGUUGCUGAGCCUUUGAGAUCCUGGAUCUGUUCCAGACAAAAAGUCAUUAAUUUGGAACCCCAUUCCAGACAAUAAUGAAAAAGGAGCUACUAGCUAGACUGGGGAAUGUAAUUUCACACCUAAGUUCUAUCCAGAAUGAUCAGGGAUUAUUAGGAAACAACUUGUGAGAAAAUCAUUUCUUGAUCCCAGACCUCGUGUCUUCCUUUCCCUGGGUGUUCGUUUUUCUAAACAGACAACCAAAAAUUGAAAUUAUGACUGGCCCUGCCACAGACAGCCCAGUAAAAAAUCAUCCCUUAGCCGUGGAAUCAAGAAGGUAAAUAUAGGAACCCCACUUCCGGAGAUGAAGGGUAGUAUUUUUACCCUCUUCCGGAGUCACAGAAGCAAAAAGCAUACCCUCCUGUUGAGCAGCACAUACAUUGUAGCAGUAAUUUUUUAACCCAAAAAUGGGAACUCUCAUAGGGGCAGCAUGGUGAAAAAGUCUGAGUGUUGGACUUGCAAUCAGGCAGGUCUGUUUAGAAAAGAUUAACUGCCAAGGAUAAAAAUAAUUGGUAAAUUUUAUUUUUAUUUGUCUUAAUUUAUUAACAAUCAUAAAUGGAAAUACAGGAGGCAGCAUAGCCGAGUGAUCAGCGCAAUGGCCUCACAGUCCCGCGGUCCCGGGUUCGAGGCAGUCUCUGGGAACUUGCUGGAUUUUUUCUUGGUCGUCGCGAGUUCAAAUCCUCGGGCAGUCGGCCAUGCUAGUAAAUGACCAACUGGUUGCCUCCUGCCAGUUGGGGUUUUUAAUCCUGUUCUGUUAGAUUUGAACUAUUGUUUGUAAGUAGCUGGAUAAGCUUAGUGCACUUCCUACUUUAAACCUUUUUUUAAACCCCGGGUUGUCAUUAAGAGCCGGGGGCCAGGGAUUUUCCCCGGCUACUAAGAGAGUGGCCCCCGGCUACUUUUAUUGGAAAAUAGAAGAAAAAUAGAACCAAAAGAAAUCCCUAGCCGUUUGAUUCCCUGCCUACUUGUUGUAUUUACCCGGCAACUUGAAAUCUUAGUGACAACCCUGUAAACCUGUAAACAGAAUGUCAAUAACAGCUAGUGGCAGAUCAUUCUCAUGUCUUUGGGCUCUUGUUGAAAAAUGGCAACAUCUGGGAUUGACCUAGGAAAAUUAAGUGUUGUGAAUUUUGAUCUCUUUUUGGAAGAGGAUCUUUUAAACUGUUUCAGCCCCAAAAUCAACAUUCAAAUUCUCCAGACUGGUCUCCAUCCCUUUUGUAAAGUUGAGAGAAUCUGAGAAAUGAUCAAAGCAUGUUCCCUAUGGUGAUCAUUUUUUUUAUUGUCAAUCACUUCCACCAUUUAUGGUGCAGAACCCAAUAUAUUUUUUAGUGUGUCCAGCUUGCAGAUUAAACACACCCAGCCCAGGAGAGGUUGGCCACAACACCAGGGUCUAUGUCCUCUACACUUUUCGAACAGUGGUGUGUGGGUUCUUUUACAUCCCAUAAGGUUACCAGAUAAGUGAAAGUGCUGUUAGAAGGGACGUACGGUUUUUCGUUCCUUAUCCAAGAAGACUAGAAAGUCUAACCAUUUGCAGAUGUCAUUGCAAAGGCAGCCCUUUCUCCUCGGUUAUUUUAAAGACCCUGAGUGUUGAUCGGACCAGCAUUACUCGCGACCUCCAGCUCAGCAGACUAGCACAGGCACUGUCCCAACUGAGCUAACCAGGUGGCAGUGAUAUAACCUUAAAAGUAUAAACAUGUAUCUCAUCAGGGUUCUCAAUAGAUUUUUAAGUAGGAGGUGAUCACUGAUAAAGUAGGAGGCUCUUCAGCAAAGCCAGAGGUGUCAAAACAAAGCAAAGAAAAGCGACCUAAACACAAAGUAAGCGGCUAUAAAUCCCAAAGUAAGCGGCGAUCAAUCGCCGGGUGCCGCCUUCUAUUGAGAACCCUGAUCUCAUAUUAUUGUUCAUUCAAAAUAUUUUGAUUUCUGAUUGGCUCCAAUCCCCUUGCUAAUUCUUCAUAUUAACCAACUGGCACAAAAUACCAUAAUUGAAAGAUGCAAGCAAUACACUGAUUGAUUCAGUGGUAUAUUUGAUUGGAAACAAAGCUAUUUUUACAAAAGUUAACUAAAAAAUGGCAUUCACAGUUAGCUGAAGACAAAAAUUAUUAAUAGCUGAAUUUCUGACUAAAAAUGAACAACAGAAAGGCAAGAAGACACAAAACAUAUUGCUUGAUGGGGCAGUGUUUUCUACUUUUUGAGGAGUAUCUGCGAGAAAAAACAUCUGUUUAUAUUGUGAAACCGUGCCAAGAAGCAGGCCAAAGUUUUGAAGAAGGUCCGCGAGGAGGUGAGCUUGUUAUUAAUAAGAACUUGGAAAUACUUUGAAUGAAUAAUAAAACAAUACUAUUGUUGAAUUCGGCUUUCAUGUGAUGUGAAUAAUUAUGCUGAUCUUUGAGACUUUGGCCUCAGUGUAUAAGAUCCUCCUUGGUCUGCAUAUUAAUUCUUCACUUCAUACAUGGCCUCAUUCAAUAUUAUUGUUAAAGAGUAGAAACUGCAAAUUUCAUUGAUGUAAAUGUGCUAAGCUUCAGGUUUUAUUCUUCACUGUUUAGGAAGCCACUGAGUAUGCGAACCAUGCGAUCCCUAUUGGUUGAAGAGGAACUUGAUGGUAUGCAACUAUAAAUAACUGUCCAGUCCAGUUUUUAUUACUGAAGAAUAAGCUAGAUUCAUGUACUUCUCUUGGGAUUUCUGGCGAUCUCUUCUUCCAGGGCCCAGGGAAACAUCUUAAAAUGUUCUUUAUUCUAGCAGAAAGUCAGCAGGAAAUCCUGCAAUUUCAUGAUUAAUCAGAGUGUUAUUACAUGAUCCCUCCUCAAAAACAAGGUUAAUUACAUACUAUUUGUUAACCAAGAGUAAGGUCAUUACAGGGAAAUCUCAGACCGAGGCCUUGAUGUAUUGACUGAGUGAUAGCGAGGUCAAUACAUCAAGUCGAGGUCUGAGAUUUCCCUGUAAUUACUGAACGGAUGAGGUUAACAAGUUAUUUAUUAUGUGACCUUUUCAUUAUGGAUCUGAGCCUGUGAUCAGUUAAAACCCACUACUGGUCAGCAGAUAACUUUAAAAAAAUAUGUCACCUCAAUGAGUUGUACACCUGAUCCCGCGGUACAGUCAGAUGACACUGGUCAGCGGAUAUCCUUUUUGACAGCUGUCAGUUGACCAUAACAUGGAUGUCCAUAUUAAAGGAUGUCCACUGUCAAGUUAAACACAGAUUGUUUAUGCCUUGGACACCCAGCUAGUAAUGCCUGGUCAUUACAAGAAAUAAUGCACGGUCAUUACAAGAAAACAGCCAAUGAAAGCAUGUGCACUGUUGUAACCAUAUGAUAAUGCAUUUUGAUCAAUAUAAUAAUUUGAAUUGGGCAGACUGGGAAUUGGUGUUGCUGGUAAUAUUAAUGGUAUUUUUCACGAAAGACACCAGACACGUAGAACGCAAGACAAUAGUGUGUAAUACUACAAAAAAGUGUGUCCAGCACGUAAAACUUAAAUUGUUUGUCAGCAAGAGCAAAUCAUACUAUAUCCCCAUAGCUAAGAAAAUUUGGUUAUCCAUUUAUUGCAGUAAUUUUGGUGGUCAUGUGACCGUACGCACACCCAUCUGUCCAUCCAACUAUACCAAAGGAAUGCCAUUAAGAAAUGUGACACUUUCUAGCUAGUGUGGGGACCUGCAACCAGGUAUUGCACAUCCACAUUGUCGUCAAUUAUCAACAGCUGUCAAAAUUGGCAUCUGCUGACCAGCAUCACAUGACCGUACACUGCUCAGCUGUUGACCCAUUAUUAAAGUUAUCAUUUUUUUUGUGACUCUCCUCUGACAAGGUACAUAUACAGCUGUAAUUGUUUUCAACUGAUCACAGGCUCAACUCCAAGUGGAUUUCUUUGCAAUGGUUACAAGUUUUUAAUUGUUUGAAGUAAAUUAUAAAUUUAUUAACAGGAGCUUUGCCUUUAGCCUUGGUUUUGGGGAGCAAGGGAUGGUGCAGUUGUGAGAGGACACGCCUCCCACCAAUGUGGCCCAGGUUCAAAUCCCGGCUUCGACACCAUAUGUGGGUUGAGAUUGUUGUUGGUUUCCUCCCUUGCUCCGAGAGGUUUUUCUCGGGAUACUCCGGUUUUCCCCUGCCUUUAAAACCCAACAUUUCCAAAUUCCAAUUUGACCAGGAAUCAGGUAGAUGAAGAACCACUUUGUGGAUAUGCUACCUCCAAAUCAUUAUAUAUAUGAUUAUUUAUUUAUAUUAUGUUUUUACAUGUUUGCAGAUGGCUGUCUGUCCCAUCUUACUGGUGUAGCAGCUGGUCUACUGGGUGUAUACUUGCGCUGGCUGCUGUAUCCUCAUGA